AUGCUGGACAAUGGUGAGACCUUGAUCGCAGCGGAUGAUCUACAUCUCCCAACUGCGGAGAUUGUCGGUAAAAAAUGGCUCUUUGAUGGCAAAGGUGAGUUCGUCAACAUAGCGUACGACAACAACCAGCUUAUUGGUCCAGACGAGUUUGUUGAGAUCGAGGUCAGCCAGGCGCGGGUCCAGGCAAAAGGCAAGGAGGUGUAUACGGUCUUUCUACCCCUCUGGAUCGACGACGUGUCAGGUAACAUCUACGAUGCCGAACUCCCCGUCUCGGCCAAUCCCCCCCAGGUCUUGACUACAGGGAGAAGCGACUUUGGUGUUAUGUCAUCGGUGCUCGGAGAGGAUCGAAGCAAGGCUCCAUUCAUGGUGAAAGGACAACUUGCUACUUACAAGUUGUCUUGGAACGGGAAAUUCUACUGGGCUACUCGGGCCUUGCACCAAGAUCCAUCAGAAGAAGACAACGCCUUUGGAGGCCAGCUUCUACAGCUGGGUUUCCUUGCACGCUUGGGCGCCUUGUUCAAGCUGUUCAGGGAACAGGUCAAGUCUGACAUGGGUGAGUUAUCAUCUUUGUACAAUGGUCAUCACUAA